CAGUAGAGACUAGUGUCCAUUGCUAUGCGUAAAGAGUGCAUGAAAUUUUCCCAUUCAAAUUUCAUGCCACCUAUGGUAAAUAAGAACAUCAUCACCAGUCAUCUCAAAGACUGAAACUAAACCCUUAAACCCCCGUUUUUGGCAACCCCACUUUUUGGUCUAGUGUAAUAUCAACGCAACCUCUUUUGAGUUCAGAACAAAUAUGGCUGCCAGCUCAGUUCCUAUAGCACGCAAAUCCCCGCUCCUAUCCCGUUUUGUGGGUUUUUCUCGCAGACCCAUCUCGCCUACUUCUGACCCGACUCGAAUUCCGGCAACCCGAUCUCAGACGAGGGAGUUUAGAUGCUGUUCCUUGUGUUCCUACGUGAAGAAGCCUCUGAAAUCUAUUAAUGGUGGCGUCCUCAAAAGGGAUUUGAGCUAUUUUCGGAUUGUUUCGGGGCCAUUGGGUUUCGAUGGUUUUCGAGUUUCUGCGGUUUCAGGUGGUGGGUCAGAUGGAGCUGGCGGAAGUGGCGGUUCUGGUGAUGGGAAUUAUGGUGGUGGAGGUGAAGUUAGUGGUAGUGGUGGUGAAAACAAUUGGUCUUUGAUUUCAUGGUACUUGGGUCUUCUUGCAAAAUAUCCCGUGGCAACAAAAGCUGUAACAUCUGCAUUGUUAACUUUAAUCGGAGAUUUGACCUGCCAGAUUGCAAUUGAUCAAGUUCCAUCACUGGACCUGAAAAGGACGUUCUUGUUUACAUUAUUGGGGCUUGUGUUAGUAGGUCCAACAUUACAUUUCUGGUAUUUGUAUCUGAGCAAAUUGGUUACUUUGCAAGGAGGAUCAGGAGCUUUUUUGCGUCUUUUAAUUGAUCAGUUCCUUUUUUCUCCUAUAUUUAUUGGAGUUUUCUUAUCUACAUUGGUGACACUAGAAGGAAGACCUGAACAAGUUGUACCCAAGCUUCAACAGGAGUGGUUUUCUGCUGUUGUUGCUAAUUGGCAACUUUGGAUACCUUUCCAAUUUCUCAACUUUCGAUUUGUUCCACAGCAAUUUCAGGUCCUUGCUGCCAACUUUAUUGCUUUAAUUUGGAAUGUAAUUCUCUCAUUUAAAGCUCACAAAGAGAUCCUUCCGAAAAAGGUUUGAUGCUGACUAAUAGCAAACCUAGCCUGUUCAACUUGAAGAUUUCUGCCAUGUUGGAAUGAUGAAGUUUGAAGCUUCUGUUGAUCACAUUAUUAUUAGAUAUAUUGAUCAUUAUUAGAUAUAUUUAUUUAAUUUGAACUUAUAUGCAGAAAUACUAUUACAAUCGAUCUGUAAAUGGUAUUUGAUAUCAUGUUUUGCUUUAUUUAAAAUCUGCCAUUUGCCUUAGUGUGGGAACUAAACCCUUUGAUUGCCACUUUUGACAAUCACAUGUGAUUAGUAGAAACGACUAGGUGGAAUGCUUAUGGGAAGAGCAGUAGUAGAAUUAAAGGUAAUUGGAUAAAAUGGCUAUGAAGUGUUCAAAAGAUAUGUGACAUCAAUCUUUA